AUGCCUUGCCCGCGCAUCCUCCGCUUCGCCCCGAGUUGGAGCCGUAAUGACAUCAACGCCGUGCAGAGCACAGAACGUUCCGCUUCCCUGGGCGGCGGCUUUACGUCAUCAUUUGCAUAUCUAUCGCGGGAGCCGCGGUCGGUGGCGCGGAAGCCGCGCUCGGCGGCGCUACAGAUGGUGGAGGAGAAGGCGCGCGUCGUGCUGUCCAAGGCGGAGUUCUCGACGCUCGCCUACUACCAGGAGGAGUACGCCGCGCGCCAGAUGACCAUCGAGGCCUUCGUCGCCGUCCUGCUCGAGCUGCUCAACACACCCGAGAAGUACACGCUGCUGACGGAGCUGCGGGAGGUGGUGGCUCCCGAGGACCGCAGCCGCUUCGACGAGCUGGUCUACCGCCGCGAGGCCGAGGGGCAGCGGUGCCGCGAGCUGCGAGACCUGCUGGCCACGCCCUCCAGGCACCAUCAGCAGCACCGGAAGGCGGGCGUGGCGGCGGACGGCGCGGGCAACCACGCGCUCCUGCUGUCCAAUCUGCACGACCUGCCGGGCCCCCAGCGGCCGUGCCAGUUCCCGGUGGCCGUGGCGGCGCCGCUUAGCGAACCCGACGAGUUCAGGACGCCCAGCGAGGACUCGGGCGUGUGUCUGGGCGCGGACGGGCCCGGCUGCAGUAGGGGGGCGGCGACGGCGGGCGGCGGGGGCGGCUGCGGGGGCGGCGCCUGGGCCUCCAGCCGGCGCGCCGCCUCCUCAGACCUGGCGCUCUCCGCCACCGACGACACCGACCAGGUACCCGCGACCGACACCGCCCCCACCCCGCGCUCCAAUGCUCCGUACUCCUCCUGCUGGCCCAGCACAUAA